UAUCAUCAAUUUUUGCUCUGUAUAUUUUAAGAAGAGAGAUCUUAAUUAUUACAUAUAGAAUUCAAUGAGAAGAAGUCCCAGAUCUAAGAUAUCUGCAACCAAGUCGAGAAGUGAUUACAGAGGGAACCAUCGGGCUUAUUCUGAGCCGCAGGUUUCCCCUAGACAGGAGGAGAACGAGCCAGAUACGAUAUAUAGCAAGUUUAGUCAUUACAUCAAAAGGUUCAGCCCUCUAAAGGCUAAGAUGGACAAGUUUUUCAAUGCUUACAACAGAAGGACUAGUUGGGAGAGGUAUUUUGACUUCUCAUGCCCUGAGAAAAUUCGUACUGAUGUGAACCCACCCGCAAACAGUCAAAUCACCCUCAAAGAUCCCCAGUUCUCCCAAAAAUGGGGGAAACUAAUGGACCUGGUACUCCACAAGGACAACGAGGGUUUCACAAAAUCAAUGAACUCACUCAGAAACAAUAUUUUCAUCAAGAGAGAAUUUGAUUCAUUGGCACAAAGCGUUUUGCCAGUGAAAUCCAAUAGAAAAUAAAUUUAGGUCCACGAAACGUUCGAAUUCUAUUGCUAAGGCUAGAGGCAUUGGUUCUGGAUUCAGAGUCUCCAGGAAUUCCUCUUCAAGGAAAUCAAUCAUAUCUGCUAUGAAUGUGAAUGUACCUAAGAAAAGGAACGCGAUGAAGCCAGGUGAUACAAACUUUGAAAUUAUUACAUUAAAUGAAGCUUUGAAACCUUCCCAUGGAGCCCGGGAUAGAUUAACUUCAAGAUUUCUGGAAAGCCAAGCACAAGAGAGCACAUACAGCAAGUUUAGACAAGAUAAUCUGAUUGCAAAGUCCAGAUAUUUUAGGCCAGACAUCAGACAAAUGCCAAGGAGUUAUAGAAGAAGGUCUAGUCCUUCAAAGACAACACUUCAUGUGGAGAAGCAGCACUUUGUAGAAAGACAGAAGAAUAGCUCAAAGAGGGUAGAUAUGAAGCUGCUUAAACUCCUCUUGUCGAAGAAACAUCCUAUUUUUAAGGCAAAUUCCCGCACUAGGAGUAAGAGAAGCUACUAAUU